AAUGGCAAAAAGGAAGAAGGGAAAGAAGGGUAAGAAGAAGGUAGAUUGCAAAAUCAAGAUAACGCCAAAGAUGCUCCAGCCCGAGAAUCCACCAGUGGAGGAUGAAUGCGAAGAGUGCUGUCAAUGCCAAUGCGAUUGCGAUUGCAGUCCAGAGAUACAGCCAUGCUUUAUUCAACCCACUCGUCCGGAACCGGGUCCCGAGGCUUAUGAUGAAUUCGAGGCCUGCCUCAAUGGCAGUGGUCUGACCAUUCGGGUCCUCAAGAAUACCCAUAAAGUGGAGAGUGUCGAUGAUGGUGCCCAAUCGGGUGCCAAUUUGGGUGCCGACGAUGAAUGUCUGGAAGAUUGCGAUUCUCAUCAGCCGAAUGGUUUGCAUGACAUAAUGCAACGUAGCAAUUUUGCUAGGAAUCAUAUUAAACGUCGUACCGGAGGGAAAAUCAUCAAUCAUCCGAAUAUACCCAAAAUCAGGGCAAAUAUUAAAUAUUCGGGCAAUGAUACCUGCGAGGCGGAGAACUUUAAUGUGCCAUUCUCAAAGAUUAAGGAGGCAUGUGAGGCGCAGGAGGCGAAAGUUGAAUGCUAUCGCCAACGUUUAUGCGGUGGUUCCCAGAAUAUGAUAGUGCCGGCACAUCCGCCACAACAAAAUCAACGUAAUUGUUGCCUACAAGUGGAUAAAAAGGACAUAAUGCAGACCAUGAAGGGAGUCAAUCAGGACACUAGAAAGAAGGGGAUUGAGGUCUGUUACAAAACCUGCGAUGAGACUGAUAGCGAUGUGUUCCUCGUCAAGCUGGGCAGCAAAGCAAAGUCACAGCAUAAGAAGAAUACCAUUGAGAUUGAGCUGCGUACACCGAAGCUACCUGCGAACUUGCCACAGAGUAAAGUAACUACAGAGACCUAUGUGACGGAAGCCUUACUCGAUGCGGGCAAGAAGGGCAAAAAGGGCAAGAAGGGCAAGGGUAAGGGCAAGAAGAAGAAGUAGUAAUGCAAUCCACACACGACAAGACCUAAGCCUGGAUCUGCGGAGUGGACCCUUCUAUUUGGAUACGUAACAAAUAAUUUUGGAGGAAUUUGUUCCAAAUCCCAUAUAUUUGGGUUUGGUGCUCAAAAUUUUCUGUCACUUUCCAAUGACAUGCAUUCUCACUCACUCACUCACAUACAUAUAUAAACUCGCACAAAUACACACCAAAUUUCCUGGAUCUCUAUAUACUCCAUAUACACAACAAUUUCGGCAACAGUUGAAUAAAUGUCAAAUACUGGAAUAAUAUAAGUAUAUUACUAUA